AUGGAUCUUCUAAGACAGCAGAUUCAUGACGAAAAUAUUGAUGUGGUUAUCGCCUCGGAUCACCACGGUCUGAUCGAUGGAGUCGGGGGCUGGAUGGUAGCAGGGAAAUCAGCCUUAGGCGUCUUUGGAGACCGCAUCUCAGUCUCUGGAAUAGAACGCGACACAUCGUUUGUUGCGGCCAAGAUAAACUCUAUCGUUGUUUACAGCUGUUAUAUUUCGCCUAACACGAACAUGCAGCAGUACGAGGAUUCCCUGCACAGACUUGAGGGCAGCAUCCGGCGCCGCGGCUUCGGUAAUGACAUUAUUGUGGCGGGAGACUUUAAUGCCAGAUCCGCAGCGUGGGGAGACUGGCUGACCAAUUCAAGAGGGGAGGCGCUAUAUGAUUUAUUCUCUAGUGUCAAUCUCACGGUACUUAACAAAGGGUCGGUACCAACUUUCGUUGGCAUCGGUAGAGGGUCCGUGGUUGACGUUACGGCGGCUUCUUCCAGCAUGCUUAGAAAACUUAGCGACUGGAGGGUUCGCGUCGACAUUGAUAAUUGGUCGGACCAUAAUUAUGUCUCCUUUGUCGUACAGGAUGGGAAGCGGAAUGAGGCGAACCACUUUCCAAAUGUAGUUGGAUGGGACUCAGCUGGGUUGGACAUCGAGAUUUUUAGGACUGGGUAUCUCUGGUCUGGACAUGGACUUCGUGAUCAGGACACUUCCUUGGAGUUCAUGCUGGAUGUAUUCGAGAGUAAGGUACACGCCGCUUGCAACCUUGCGCUGCCUAAAAGGAAGCUUCCUCCUCACGGGAAACCUCCGGCAUACUGGUGGAGUGGUGUUAUCGCUGAACUGAGGAGAGUAUGCAUCCACUCCAGGAGGGCAGCUACUAGGGCAGGCUCUGACUUUCUGCGGGGGAAAGCAUCUAUGGAGGAGCUUGACCGCCUAAAGGAAGACCUCAAGCAAGCACGGAAAAAAUUAAAGUUGGCGAUACGCGAUAGCAAGAGGAAGUGUUGGCAAGAACUUAUCAAAAUGAUCGACAAGGACCCAUGGGGUAGGCCUUAUAGGCUGGUGAUGGGGAAACUGAAAGGUGGAUUGGAGACACAGAGAAUGGAUUGUGCCCUAAUUAAAGAAACGGCAAGAGAGCUUUUUCCAGAUCACUCCGCUAUGUUACCUGUUCCGCUGGCUGUUCCAUCUCAAUUCGAGGUGCGACCUUUUUCGGCCGAAGAAGUCGAUGAG